AUGGCAGCCCCCACCGACCGAGAUAUCCUGCCGGAUACAAUAAAACCGCUCAAUUAUGACUUGUCCCUCUACAAUCUUGAGUUUGGUGGAAACUGGAGCUACGAUGGGACAGUCAAGGUCGACUCAAAAGUCAAACAAGAAACGCAAGAGUUGGUCAUAAAUGUCAAAGAGCUAGAGAUCAAAAAAGCAGAAGUCCUGAGCAAAGAUGGCGGCGCUACAAUCACGUCAAUGGCCGACGUAUCAUACGACAAGAAGAGUGAGCGAGCAACGAUCAAGUUCUCCGGGACAAUACCAUCUGGUGACGCUGUGUUCGCCAUCCAUUUCAAGGGAAUCAUGAACAGUGCAAUGGAGGGCUUUUACCGAUCCAAAUACAAGCCUGCUGUCACCCCAGCCUCGGGGACCCCGACAGAUGGAGAGCACCACUACAUGUUCAGCACUCAAUUUGAAGCUUGUGCUGCUAGAAGGGCAUUCCCUUGCUUUGAUGAACCAAACUUGAAAGCAUCUUUCGAGUUCGAGGUUGAAAUCCCAGAGGAUCUAGUUGCGCUCAGUAACAUGCCCGAGAAAUCCACAAGCAAGGGGAGCAAGGAUGGUCUGAAAAAGGUAGCAUUCGAAAAGACGCCGGCCAUGAGCACAUAUCUCGCAGCAUGGGCCAUUGGUGAUUUCGAGUACGUCGAAGGUUUUACCGAACGCAAGUACAACGGCAAGCCCUUGCCCGUCAGAGUCUAUACUACCCGUGGGCUUAAAGAGCAAGGUCGUUUUGCCAUGGAACACGCCCACAAGAUCCUUGACUAUUUCUCUGACGUUUUCGGCAUCGAGUAUCCUCUGCCCAAGUCAGAUCUGCUAGCAGUCCAUGAAUUCGCAAUGGGCGCGAUGGAGAAUUGGGGCUUGGUGACUUAUCGAACCACGGCUGUUCUGUACGACGAAGAGAAGUCUGAUGCCCGUUUCAAGAAUAGAGUUGCAUAUGUUGUUGCUCACGAGUUGGCACAUCAGUGGUUUGGCAACCUUGUCACAAUGGACUGGUGGAAUGAGUUGUGGCUGAAUGAAGGCUUCGCUACCUGGGUCGGUUGGCUAGCAAUCGACCAUCUCCACCCGGAGUGGAAAGUCUGGAGUCAGUUUGUGGCUGAAGCUGUCCAAACAGCUCUCGAACUCGACUCAUUACGCGCUUCUCACCCGAUUGAAGUCCCCGUCCGCAAUGCUCUCGAGGUCGAUCAGAUCUUUGACCAUAUUUCGUAUCUCAAGGGCAGUUCUGUUAUCAGAAUGUUAAGCAACUACCUGGGCCAAGAGAUCUUUUUGAAAGGUGUGGGUGAUUAUCUCAAGAUCCAUGCUUAUGGAAACGCCAAAACCAAUGAUCUCUGGGCAGCCCUUAGCGCAGCCUCUGGGCAAGAUGUUCAAGCGUUUAUGGAUCCUUGGAUCCGUAAGAUUGGUUUCCCGGUGGUCACAGUAGCAGAAGAACCUGGCCAAAUAUCUAUACGCCAAUCAAGGUUUCUGACCACCGGAGAUGUCAAGGCUGAGGAAGACGAAACCAUGUGGUGGAUUCCUGUUGGCCUGAAAACCGGUACCCCUGUCAAAAUUGUCCACAGUGCUUUGACACAGAAGCAGGACACCGUUCGAGAUGUGGACGAUGCAUUUUACAAAAUCAAUGCUGAUCAGAGCGGCUUUUAUCGCACGAAUUACCCACCGCAGAGGCUUAUGAAGCUCGGGGAAGCUCACGAACAUCUUUCGAUCGAAGACAAGAUUGGUCUGAUGGGCGAUGCAACUGCGUUGGCAAUUUCAGGAAAUGGUACAACGGCUGCUCUCUUGUCUCUCCUAGAAGGCUUCAAGGAUGAAAAGAGCUUCUUGGUGUGGCAACAGAUCGCCAGCUCACUAUCGAAAGUGCGGCAAGUAUUUGCAUCGGACAAGGAAAUUUCAGCGGCGCUGAAGAAUUUCACCCUCAAACUGGUCUCUCCAGCUGCAGAGGCAAUAGGCUGGAACUACCCUGAAGGUGAAGACUGGCUCACUGGUCAAUCAAGAAAACUCCUACUCAGCACCGCUGCUGGUGCCGGCCACCAAGGAAUCAUCUCUGAAGGGCAGAAGAAAUUCGCAGCCUGGAAAUCCGGCGAUGAAAAAGCCAUUCAUCAAAACCUUCGAGGCGUGAUAUUCAACUUGGCAGUCGCGAAUGGCGGCCAAGCAGAGUACGACGCCAUCAAACAGGAGUUCAUCAAAACUACCAGCGUUGAUGGUAAAGAAAUUUGCAUUCAAGCACUUGGCCGCUCAAAGAACCCGGAUCACGCAUGGGAUUUGCUAGACUUUGUCACCUCGGAAGAAGUCCCUCCACAGGAUGCACACGGAGGUAUUAUCGCCGUUUCCAAUAACAACACGACGCGGAAUGUGGCUUGGGAGUAUACGAAGCAAAAAUGGACCCGAGUCUACAAACGACUGGGAGUGACCACUGUGAUUAUUGACAGAUGGAUCAAGUCAGGUCUGCCCAAGUACUCGGAUCUCAAAGUGAGGGAUGAUAUCGAACAAUUCUUCAAGGAUAAGGAGACCGGGCAAUUCAGCAGGAGUCUGGUCAUCGUGCAUGAUACGAUUACAGGGAAUGCCCGAUACAAAGAUCGCGAUGAGGCGGAGUUGUUGGAGUGGUUGAAGGUACACGGGUAUGCCUCGUAG